AUGAGAUCCUUUCUCAUUCGGACAAAUAUAUCUAGAACCCAGAAUGGAGUCCUCAUCAAGUACCGUUCUUUUCAAUCAUCAUCCGAUGCUUACACACAACUCAUAGAAUCGUAUGCUCGUGAUCGAGCCUUACAAUCAGGCAGAGUCCUACAUGCGCACCUGAUCAUCAGUGGAUUAGCUCGUUUGACCCAUUUUGCCUCCAAGCUCAUAGCUUUCUACACCGGGUGUAGGCGGUUGUUUGAUGCUCGAAAACUGUUCGACAAAAUUCCCCAAACAAAUAUCCGCCGUUGGAUCGUACUGAUCGGGGUCUAUGCCAGAAAUGGCCUUCAUGAGGAGGCAAUGACUGUUUUCUGUGAAAUGCAACAAGAAGGUUUAAAACCCAACAAGUUUGUUCUUCCCAGUGUUCUCAAAGCCUGUGCACACCUCUCUGAUUUGCAAACUGGAGAGAAGAUACAUACUGUUGUUCUGAAAUAUGAAUUUGAAUCAGAUGCUUUUAUCAUUAGCGCGUUAAUAGAUAUGUACUCAAAAUGCAGGCAAAUUGAGAAGGCCAGGAGGGUUUUUGAUGGGAUGGUUGAAAAAGAUUUGGUGGCACUGAAUGCCAUGGUUGCAGGGUAUGUUCAACAUGAGUUUGUCAAAACAGCAUUGGGUCUGGUUGUGAAAAUGCGAUUAAUCGGAGUGAAGCCUAAUGUAGUGACAUGGAAUACAUUAAUCGCAGGUUUUUCGCAAGCAGGUGACGAAGUGAUGGUUUCUGAAAUUGUCAAAUUGAUGCGCAUUGAUGGAGUUGAACCUGAUGUGGUAUCAUGGACUUCUGUUAUAUCUGGGUAUGUUCAGAACUUCCAUGGUGAUGAAGCUUUUCGUACGUUUAAAGAAAUGCUGGAUCAUGGAUUGUAUCCAAGUUCAGCAACAAUUAGUAGUCUUUUGCCAGCUUGUGCAAGUGUAGCAGAAUUGAAGCAUGGGAAGGAGGUUCAUGGCUAUGCAAUGGCGAUUGGAGUCGAGGAGGAUAUUUUUGUAAGGAGUGCUCUUAUUGACAUGUAUGCAAAAUGUGGUUAUCUAUACGAAGCAAAGACACUGUUUCAGAAGAUGUCUGAGAAGAACACGGUUACUUGGAACUCCAUGAUAUUUGGAUAUGCAAAUCAUGGAUACUGCAAUGAGGCGAUUGAACUUUUUAAUCAAAUGGUAACAAAAGAGGAAAAGAAAUUGGACCACUUGACUUUCACUGCGGCUCUCACUGCUUGUAGCCAUGCUGGGAAGAUCGAACUUGGACAGAAUUUGUUCCACUUGAUGCAGGAAAACUAUGGGAUCAAACCAAGAUUAGAGCAUUAUGCGUGCAUGGUGGAUCUUCUUGGUAAAGCAAACAAACUUGUUGAGGCAUAUGAUUUGAUUCAAGCGAUGCCGAUGGAGCCUGACUUAUUUGUAUGGGGAGCAUUAUUAGGGGCAUGCAGGCAUCAUGGCAAUAUUGACCUUGCAGAAAUAGCAACUAGGCAACUGUCUAAGCUUGAGCCUGAGAGUGCUGGAAGCAGUUUGUUGAUGUCAAGUUUAUAUGCUGAUGCUGGUAGUUGGAGAAAUGUUGUGAGGGUGAAAAACAUGAUGAAGAAAAGGAGAGACCCCCUGAAACGUGAUAAUGCUAUUAGAGAAGUACGUUGUGAUUUUUGGGUUGCAACAAUGAAGGCAUCUUGGUACCUUAUGGUUGAUCUUCUUGACUCAUGCUCUUCUCCAGUUUUUCUGCAGAGCUGCCAUUCCAUAGUUGCUGUUGGGUAA